GCCAGUCUUCGAGCAGCUUUCGUUCAAACCGCGCGCGGGUCACAGCAAAAUGAAAGCGAACUUUUAAAAACAUAAUACACUAAUGUUCUGACGCAUCAAAGGCAAGGAUCCUCUCGUCCAGCUGUUCUGGUGGAAAAUGAAAGUGAAAUCAGUGCACUGACCGCGGUAAUAUGUACAGCGAAAACGCGUGGAAAGUAAUACUGCUGGUCGCGGCUACCGCGGCGGCGGGCGAGCCGAGCCGCGCGCUCAGUCUAGUCUACCAAAAACCGUUCAGAAAUGUCAUGUUCGUGCCCAGGAAGUUGUACAGGACCCGCUCUAGACAAUCCAGGGUGCUAUUCCUGGAUGACAAUGAGAACCACCAGCCAUUUGGACGGGGGGAGAUUGAUCUGACUUUGGACAAGAACUCGAAGGUUAAAUUUGAUGAUGCGUCUGACUACGAGUUCACGUCUCCAGAAGACGGUGACACUACAACGAAGAGUCAAUUGGACGAGACGCCAUCAGGGAAUGAGAGAUUCUACGAGCCCUUGCCUCGGUUCAGGCCAUAUCAGUCUUUUCCAAGUUACUACCAAGGGAGGUUUUCGCGUCCGUACGCUCCGACUUUCGGCUUCGAUCCGUAUCAGCCGUCGUUCGCUCCAGCCGUCAGGAAUGGCUUGUACAGCGGGUACAAUGGGUGGAAGGCGCGUAGUCCCAGAGUAGUGUUUCCAUACGCCUCGGAUAGUGUGAAUUCGGUUCUCCAUACGAACUCCCAUGCCGGGCCUGGGGCGUUCGAUAAUGUGGUGUUUCGUGAUCAGAACUUCGGCAUCAACGACGUGGGGACGGACGAGCAAGGGUUGCAGGACAUCAACGGGGGAAACGACGCCUUCACGGAGAGAGGCUGUGGUAUAGCCGUGGGCAAGCAAACCGCCCAACGCAGGAUCGUAGGCGGUGACGACGCAGGCUUCGGCACGUUCCCCUGGCAAGCCUACAUCCGGAUAGGCUCGUCAAGAUGCAACAUGUUAAUGUCCAUUUUCGAGCUAAUUGGAUGGAAGCAGUGUUGGAUAGAGAGGUGCGGCGGGUCGCUGAUCUCGCGGCGUCACGUGGUCACGGCCGGGCACUGCGUUGCGCGCGCGCAACCGCGUCACGUGCGCGUCACGCUGGGCGACUACGUCAUCAACUCGGCUGCGGAGCCGCUGCCGGCUUAUACGUUCGGCGUGCGCUCUAUUAAGGUCCAUCCACUGUUCAAGUUUACUCCUCAAGCUGACAGAUUUGACGUCGCAGUACUUACUUUGGACAGAAAUGUACAUUACAUGCCUCAUAUAGCUCCAAUCUGCCUCCCAGAGCGAGGGUCAGACUUCCUCGGCCAGUAUGGCUGGGCGGCAGGCUGGGGCGCUCUAAGUCCCGGCUCUCGGCUGCGCCCGCGCACGCUACAAGCGGUCGACGUGCCGGUGCUCGAUAACCGCGUCUGCGAGCGGUGGCACCGGGCGAACGGGAUAAACGUAGUGAUAUAUCCCGAGAUGCUGUGCGCGGGUUACAAAGGAGGUGGAAAAGACAGCUGUCAAGGUGACAGCGGGGGCCCACUCAUGCUAGAACGUUCUGGAAGAUGGUACUUAAUAGGAGUCGUCUCUGCUGGAUACUCCUGCGCCAGUCGAGGCCAGCCUGGGAUAUACCACCGAGUAGCGCAUACGGUUGACUGGAUUUCCCACGCGACUACUUUGUCAUAGCAUCGGUAAUGUGAUUUGUAGGUAAAAACCGUGUAUCAUAUGUGAUACAUAGGUUAUGUAUCAUGUGUGAUACAUGAGAUUGUUAUUGUAAGGAUGCUUUAGGAUGUCAGCUACGGUGCAGUUAAUGCAGACUUAC